UGAACCGUCAGUCGGUGAGGUGCGUGCGUGUUGGCUCGGGGGUGUUGGCACUGUUUUAGCACACAAUUCUACACACUCGUGCCUUUUCUUUGACUAAUUUUGUUAUUUUCGAACUACUGACACGCUGCAUGGCGGUUACAAGGUGCGGCUGGAAACGGUUGGUUCGUCGAGUUUGAUGAAAACGAGGUCGGGUUCAGACAACCGUUAGCUCCCCGUAUUUUUUUUAUUUUUUCUAAAGGUCAAGAAAAACAAAGGAAGAUAACGAUGUCGUUGACUGCUUCGUCUGAUUAUUUCGCUGCCGAGUGUCUGGUGUCGAUAUCCAGCGGUCCUGUGCUGCACAGACCCACCCCGGUCACCCCCACCAGCCAGUCGGCCACGGCGGGCCUGCUCCCUGGGGAGCCCGACGGGACGAGUGAGGAUAGGGAAGUGCGGGAGACUCUGAGGCUGGAGGGGGCGAACAUGAUGGCAGUGGCCGGUAUCCUCACCGACCUGCACGGUAAGUUCCGCCCCAUGUCGGCCUACUCGGAGAGCAGCAACUCAUCAUGUGGUGGGGAGAGCGGUUACACCACGUUGUCGGACCCAACCACCCCAACCAUGACCCCCUCCGCCACCCCGAUCCCUGGACAGCAGCUGAGGGGGGUAGGAGGCGUGGGGCCCCCACGGUCCCCGGUGAAGCGACACCAGUGCACUUUUGACGGAUGCGACAGAGUUUACGGAAAAUCGUCGCACCUGAAGGCUCACAUCCGGACACACACAGGCGAAAGACCCUUCCCAUGCACUUGGCCGGACUGUGAGAAGAAGUUUGCCCGUUCAGACGAGCUUGCCCGCCAUACCCGCACCCACACAGGAGAAAAGCGCUUCCUGUGCCCACUGUGCGAUAAGCGCUUCAUGCGUAGUGACCACCUGAUCAAGCACGCCCGCCGUCAUCCUGACUUCCAGCUCUCCAUGUUGAAACGCAACAAAGGCCCAUCCUCUGCUUCCAGCCCAACUAUGCAAUAUUAGGAUGGUUUGGGUUGGGAAUUCCUGUGUACCAGGGUCAGCAGGAGCACAGGACGCCUGCAGUGGUUUCAGGUUUAACCAGCUACAAUCACAUCCACUGAGAAAGGAUUUAGAAUGACUGUGUUGUGCUCAGAAAUGUGCACACACACGCAAGAGAACACACAAGAGCUGGAUGUGAGGGACAAGCAGCUUAAUCUCAAUCUACCAAGAUGAGUCACGUGACCACUAUCCACCUGCUCAACAUAACUAGGGUUAGUUAUCAAGAACGUUCCAAACUUACAACAUUUAAGGAUUUGUAUAAAAAAAGUUGCUUUUUGAUUCCUCUUAUCGUUUCCUGAUAGUAAAUUAUAGACUUCCAGUCACACGCCUGGUUACAUGUAUAUGAAGUUGUGUGUAAUGUUUACUACAUGGUAGCCUGGAGCUGUAACUUUGAAAAGUGGAGCGCACACUUCUUAAAAGCCUGCAGUGAUUAAGUAACAUUUAAAUAAAUUCAUGGAAAUUAAUACAUUUAUGGGAGAAAUGUUCAUGCACUAUGACAUAUUUACCACAGAAGGGUGUAAGUUUGCAGUGUCUCCUUAUAUGCAGUAUUGUGACACUGUCAGUUUAAAACGAUCAAACAUUUUUAUAUAACUAUAGGCUAAAUGGAAACGACCCUUUAGUUUAUCCACUGAAUGAUUGAUAUGCCAGACACCUCGAGGUACUUCAUCACAUUGAUGCAAAAAUAAUUCUGUAGAAUCAUUUAUGCCGUACAGCUGUCGGGCUCACUGAGUUACCACUGCUGGCUAAAGUCUGGCUUUAAAAGCUCACAGUGGAAAACUAAGGUAAAGUCAUAAUCCUGGCACAACAGAAUAUUUCCUUUCUUUUGUCAACUUGAAAACAAUAAAAUCAGCUUGCCAUUUAUGGCAGUUUACACCUAAUCCGUUUUUUCCUUCAUUGUUUUGUUUCCCUCAGAACAGGAUUCGAUAAGAAUUGGAAUCAUAAAGCAGAUUUCACUUGUUUGAAAAAACAAUCCUUAACAUGACCAGAUUUCUCAGCUGAAUCACUUUCACAAGUUGCAGGGAUUUUUCACAUUUUCUGUACAUACUCACCAAAAGCCAAAACUUGUUUGUGGUUAAUUUCCUGAUUGUUGUGCACCAUCAUUUUGUUUUACCAUGGUAGCUCAAUAUUGUGAUGUUAGGUAGUGAGGCAGUGACUAGAAGCUGUUCAGCUUUCUUUUGUAGCUUUGAGUUUUAGUGAUGACACAUUCCUUCAUUUUUAUUGCAUAACCAUCAUUGAGGUAUCGUCAAUAAUUUGUUUUUUUGUGUAUUGAAUUAAAAAUAGAUCAUUCUUUUUUUUUUUUUUUCCAGAAAGUGGGUCACACUGUUUGCACGCCACCCUCAAGCCUAGCGCAGUUAUUCACAGAACGCUCACGGUAGUAUUAUCUCUAAUACUGAUGCAAAUGUAUAUAAGCUUUAAGCUUUUAAUGUAGAAACAAGGUAAUGCUUCUAGCAGCAGAAUUAAUACAUUUGAUGAGUUGUAGUCCUUAUAUUAGGGGUAACAUUAUAUGCUUGAUAGAAUGAGAUCACUUGUGAGUGCUGGUGUGUAUGUUGUUGUUUUUUUUUUACAUAUAUAUAACUGGCAAAAUUGUGUAUGUGAUGGUAACAAAAACUAUUAUUUUCAGCCUGCUGCCUUCAAAGUAAAGGUGUUCCCCCGGCUCAUCAGGAGUUGUUGAGGUGUGGCAGAACACGUUUCAGGAUCAGGUGUGCGCCACAUGUGUAUUCAUACAGUUUAGGUUUCAGCUCCAGUUAAACUGGAGUUUCAAAAAGAAUUCUCCUUGUACCUGUAGAUGUCAAAAUUGGUAUGAAAGUGAUGUAAUCAUGGUUCCACUGAAGACCGCUAAUCCAGUGGACCUUUAGUUGUGAAGGACAUUCUAACUCGUCAAAGCAACAGGUGUAACUAAGGACCUCUAACGAUGGCUCGUUCCGUGCAGGUGCGCUAUUGAACCAGCAUGCACAACAUUUGAAGGCAGCCAUUUACAAUGAUGUUACAUUUGUGUUGGAUGAACUAAAAUGGCUACCACCUUUGAUGUCAAUAUAAGAAAUUGUUUUGUCUAUUCGAGCAAUAUGGCACCGAAAUAUCACCCUGUAGCCAAGACAAUUCAACUAUCUCAUGUAUUUUAAGGUCAAUCACAAAAACAAGUGAAUCAAACAAACUGCAAGGUAUUUAACAUUUUGUUGAACACAUGCAGUGUCCAGGUCUGAUUCUAGAAAGGUUGAAUUGUUUGCUUUCUUUCUUUCUUUUUUAAUGUUUCCACACUGUUUGUCCCAGUCUUGGACAUAUUCCUUUAUCUCAGUGAACAACAAAUUCUUCAGGAAAAUCUGAAAGCCUUAAACUAUGUCAUAACUACUUUGCACCACGUUUACAGUUGGAUCAUUGUAUAGGUAUAGAUGCCCUGCACUGGGCUUAUUACAGAUACUCAUUAUGCAAUAUGGCACUUUUUUCCUACAGGUGUGUUUGGCUGAAUAGUGUAAUGGCUUGCUACUGUGCUUCUAUAAGCAAGCACUGUGGAACUUUGCUGAUGUGUUAAUAAUAAUAAUCAAUAGUUUGUAAAACUGCCUUCUUUUCCAAGUGCUUUAGAAAGUGUGUUUUAAUAAGAACUGAGUAGUCAUUUCUGUUUUCUUCAUUUUAGUGUGUGCGUAGUCGACAAGGCCAUUUCUUGUUUGUGGAAUUUGUUGAAUUUGAAUUUUUGAAAUGGUUUUUCUUUUUCGUAGUUUUGUCCACACAGGCGCGUCGUCGUUGCUCGCAGAUCUGUUGAUGUUUGUUUUGCUGCGCACUAAGAUCAAAGAGAACAUCAGCUGUCUUCCUCAUUCAUACAUUGAACCAUCGUCAUAUCUACAAUUUCACUGUUGAUCUGUUUUCUCCUCUUUUUUUUUCCACUGGAGCUGUACUCAUGACUGUAACUCUUUGAGUUGUGUACACAUUUCCUCAGAGGUUUUGACCUGUUGACAGUUUUUGGUUGCUGCUGGCAGUAGCCACACACACACACAAAUACCUGUUUUCUAUGAAAUGGACCCUGACAUCUUUUCUCACAGAUGGACGGAAGUGUCUUCUUUUCUCAGACAUUGUCUGGCUCUCAAAGCUAAAAUAUCACAAAACAUACCUCACUCUUUAUUUUUGUUUCUCUGGUAUCUGUACAGCUUCCAUCCAACUUGUUCAGAAAUUAAUAUAAAGCCAUUCAUUCAGCCUUGGGUUUCAGAAUUUAUAUCAGCUAAAUGUUUUGUACCUUUGUCAUCUCUACUACCUGUGCAGCAGUAGACGUUCUUUCUGCUCGCCUCAGUGACGUUCUGUUGUUAAUGGACGGUGGUAAAUGAAUCUACUGGAUAAAUCCUGCACCAACAGUCUCUCUGUCACUAAAGCUGUGGAGGUAAAGGUUCACUGCUGGCUGUGGCGGAGGCUGAAAAGCAUUUUUGUUU